GCCCCUCCCCUCCGGGCUCCCUGUCAGUGUCAUCUCAUCCUCCAUCCGCAGAGUGAGCCGGUGGACGGUAGUGGUGUGUGUUUCGGCUCAGCGAUGGCCGGUAGCCCGAGCUCCUUCCAGACACAGCCCGGAGUCCCUCCCCGCACCCAGCCCGCCCUGCCGAGGCUCCGGCCCCCUGUGUGCCAGCGGGGCUUCUGCUGAUGAGAGGCGCCCAGGGCAUGAGCCAGCUCCCGGACCCCCUGACAGCCUAGCCAUGGGUGAUACCCGGCGGAGGAACGGCUGCGGCACCCGGGCGGUGUGCCUUCUGGCUAUUCUGCUGUGUCAUCUUGAAUUGGUGAAAGCUGAGUCGGUGCAGUUGUCUAAGAAGAAGACGGCAAUAUUUCAGCUGUCUGGGAAAUAUAACAACACCAAUCUUGGGCCUACAAAAAUCUUAUCCUGUGACAAAUGCCCAGCAGGCACCUAUAUGUCCAAGCACUGUACUGAGUCUGACCUCCGGGAGUGUAGCCCGUGCCCCAAUAGCACCUUCACCAAACAUGAAAAUGGGAAUGAACGGUGUCACCCUUGCAGUCCACCAUGUGAGCCGCCUAUGGUCACAAAAACGGUGUGUUCUGCCUUGACUGAUGGCGAGUGUUCAUGCCCACCUGGCACAUACCUCAUGAAUGGCUCUUGUGCCAACCACACUGUGUGCCCAGUAGGAUGGGGUGUUAAGAAGAGAGGAAGUGAAACUGAAAACGUCAAAUGCAGGAUGUGCUCCUAUGGUACCUAUUCUGAUGUGCCUUCUAGUAUGAUGAGAUGCAAGACCCAUACCAACUGCUCUGAGCUUGGCCUGGUGACCAUCAAACCUGGUACAAAAGAACAAGACAAUGUAUGCGGACCUCUUUCUUCUUCUGCUCCAGACCUCUACCUUUCGUCCACUGAAUUUGAGCCUACAGAUGUUUACAACGAAACUGAAAAGAAUGAAACUAGAUACUUGAACAUGACGGUAGACCCAGAAGCAGGAGACCAUCAAAGACCUCAUAGGAAGCCUCCACAGAUGACAGAAGGGUCCCAGCCACCAGGAGUGGUGAGAAACGGAGGGGAUGGACUCAAGAACACGGUCUUCAAGACCACCAAGCGGGGGCCUCCCCGGCAAGUCCCACACCAUUUUGACAUCAAUGAGCACUUGCCUUGGAUGAUUGUACUCUUUUUGCUGCUUGUACUUGUGAUCAUUGUGGUUUGUAGCGUCAGGAAAAGCUCACGCACCCUCAAAAAAGGACCAAAGCAAGAUCCGAGUUCUAUUGUGGAGAAAGCUGGCUUCAAGAAGACCACAGCACUGACCCAGAACAGAGAGAAAUGGAUUUACUACUGCAAUGGGCACGGAAUUGACAUUCUGAAGCUGGUGGCAGCUCAGGUUGGCAGCCAGUGGCAAGAUAUCUACCAGUUCUUGUGUAAUGCCAAUGAGCACGAAGUGGCUGCCUUUUCCAAUGGUUACACUGCAGAUCACGAGCGGGCCUACGCAGCCUUACAGCACUGGACCAUCCGAGGCCCCGAAGCCAGCCUGGCAAAACUCAUCAGUGCUUUACGCCAGCACCGGCGCAAUGACGUGGUGGAGAAGAUUCGUGGCCUCAUGGAGGAUACUGUACAGAUAGAAGAUGAGAAGCUUACUCUCCAGAUGAGCUCCACCCAACCAAUGCCGGCUCCUGAUACCUGCCUCAAGGCUCCUGACCAAGCUGCACCGCCUACAGACCCCUCCCCUCUCGACAAGAGUAAAGGCUUCUUCGCUGACGAGUCUGAACCUCUCCUUCGCUGUGACUCCACCUCCAGCGGCUCCUCUGCCCUUAGCAGAACAGGCUCGUUUAUAACCAAAGAAAAGAAAGACACCGUUCUGCGCCAGGUACGCUUGGACCCCUGUGACCUGCAGCCCAUCUUUGAUGACUUGCUGCCCAUCCUGAGUCCAGAGGAGCUGCAGGUCAUUGAUGAGAUUUCGCAGGCAGAGGAUAAACUGGACCGCCUCUUCGAGAUCGCCGGCGUCAAGAGCCAGGAGGCAAGCCAAAAACUCCUGGACUCCGUCUACAGCCACCUCCCUGACCUGCUGUAGCCUUAGAAAUGAGAGUUCAGCUUGCCUUUGUAACAAGUGGUUUCACUGCUUUCUUCAUACCAUCCAUGACCAUCUUCAACCACCCAAAGCCAACAACGCACUGGCCCUUUUCUCUGGAUGCGUCAAAUAAAACUGCAAAUAACUUCAUUUGCAGCUUUGUACAUAUCAUGUUUAUUUCAGUUUAAGGGAAUUCACAUCUCUUCAUUGGCAGAGCACAUUUUUUUGUGUUUCAUGUGUUGGACAUUGCUUGGGACAUCUUGUCCAGCAUAAGCAUUUUUUUUUUU